AGGUUCCAUCUUGGCAGACGGCACCGGGUCAAGCGACGGAGGAGGUAGAGGUUCGAUUUCAAUUACACGAGUUGAUUCAGCAGAAUGGGAAGAUACUGGACAACUCUCUUAACUGUCUUGUUCUGCCUUUUUUGCACGAUGAAUGUGAAGGGGGCCGCGACCUAUCCCAGUGCCAUCUCCACUCUCGUCCAAGCGGCCUUUGACCCCGUCUACUGGCUGACCACCUUCCACCACAUGGAUCUCAGUCGCCAAGUUCGAUCCCGGUGGCUCAGACUUUUGCCCGAUUUUCUGACCGGCCAGCUCCGACUAAGACCUGCCCAUUGGCGAAUUCAUUCGGAAAGCCCCAUUUCUUUUCAUGGAUAGAACGACAGUUUUUAAGAGACGUCUUCGAUUACAAGUUGGGCCGGAUAGAUCUGAGACUCGUCAUCAAAAUGUCCCCAUUAAUAAGAAGAGCUCCAGUUCUCCUGGUAUUAUUCUUGCUCUGCUCUCAGAGCUUUGCUUCCGAAUCGUCUGAAUCAACCCCUCGUCGCCAGAAGAGGGGGAUUAUGAAGAUGAUGAUGCACAUCAUGUGGGAUCCCGUCCGACUCAUUAGAUACUGGUACGCAUAUGAUGUGACCAAAGAGAUCGCCAAGAGUUGGCGUAAAAUUCUGCCUACAAUGAUGCUGCUACCUUUCAACCCCAAUCUGGCAGACACGCCAGGAAUCGCCAAAUAUGUACAUCCAACCCAUGGACUGAGAGCCACCAAGUAUCACAAAAAUACUAAACAGUUCGCUUACCCGGCCGUAUCCAGUGGAGAGACCUAUUCAGCAAGCCAGUUUUCGAAAGACUAUUUAAUAGCUGACCCUGCAUUGAAGAACACCUUUUCUCACUUCAAACCAGAAUCUGGUACUUUUUUCGAAGGAUCUCACAAACAUUCAGAAUCCUCGAAUUUGGAUUCGAUUCCUCUCAUAUUUCGCCAAUAUUAUAACUCAGGACAGAAAAUUAGCGGCGACGGCUCUCGGAAUGUUCAUGUCUCUUCGUUUCCAGUCAUAGCGAAGGAGGUGGAUGGCCGCAAUGAACAACCUCACAUCAUUUUGAAACCUGUUCCGGAGAGCUUCUUCCAAAAUGAUCCGACAUCCUCGAUCCAAACUUCAGACAGUCAGGAGGUUGUACUUUCUGGAGAACAUAUCGAGAUGAAGCCAGUGUCUUUCCCGUUUAAAAUGGAUCUCUCUGAUAACAGCAGAGAGCGCAUCAUCUUUAAAGUCAUGCCCGUACCUAUCGGAACAGUUCAUGACGACUCAAAAGAAAAGUUGGAGAGCGAUGUUGUGCCAUCUCCUUCCAACAGUGCCAGCAAACGAACCCAAAACAAAUAUCUUUCAGAUUACACCAGCUUCCAAGCCGAUCCUAAUUCUCAAUUACAAUAUGAGGAUGGCGGGCAUGCGCCAUCAACUAAGCAUGUGAUUCAUACAGGCCACCAAGAGUUACACAUCGUCUUGCACCCGAUUCCCGUAGGUAAUAUGGGUCCAUCCAAUGGUGGUCAGGCCCUACAUUUCGUACCUGUUAGUUUUAACAACAGCGAAUCUGUCAAUGGUGGUUUCACUUUUGUGUUGCCAGAGGCUCCUAAGACGUUGGAUCUUAGUCAGAGACAGAGUUCUUCUCCUCCAAAUUAUGACGAAGAAUUUUAUCCCUCGAAUAACAAUUCUAGCAAAAUUGACAAGAACAAUUACAGCCACGAGGAAGAUGAAAUUGCAGUGUCGUCUGAAAAUUCCGAUAGCAAGUCAUCCCAAGUUACUUGGAUUCGGAAACAAGAUCCCAAAACAGACAGACGUACAGAUACGAAAUCUUUCGACAAUGAUUCUGAAGGCAGCGUCCCUCGAAUAAGUUCUAUGAAUUUCCGGGAUGUCAAAGACCAGAUCAAAACUCCGUUAAGACUGAAUGGACAAUAUAUCGACCUGGAUCAACUGAAGGAAGAUUUGAGGCACGGGACGCCGGUGCUGAUUCCAUUUCAAAAGAAAACUAUAUUUUCAUCGCCUCAAUCCAGCGAAAAUUCAUAUUUCAGUCUGCCAAGAAACUACGACGGUAUGAUGGAUGACAAAUCGAAAGACGCUCCUCAAGCCUCUGAUGAAAUAACAGUUGCUCAAAGCAAUUCAGCAGAGCAAUAUGGAGCAAGAAAUUCAACGCAAAGACUUUUGUUUUUCUUCAAAAGACCAUAACAAAUAAUAGAUAAGCAAUAUUUCAGUCUCUCAUACCAUUUACAAAUGGUGUUAAAUGCUGCGAAAAGUGUGGUUCCUAAGCAAAUUGAACCGAUUGAUCCUAUGCAAAGCAUCGCUUCAGAAUCAUCUGUUAAUAACCCUAAAUUCUGAGACCCCAAACUCAUUUCAAUCCUUUCUGUGUAAAUGACACCAUUCGUUGCGCCGAUUUCUUAAAGUUGCAACGAAUUAGUGAUGCUCAGCAAAAUUCUUGAUAGCUCCAAAUCUAGUUUGUGCAGAUUGCAUUUUUAUGUACAUAUCUAUUAUCUCUGUAUACAUACAUUCAAAAAAUAUGGGGAUACAAGAUUUUAUCAUAAUUUAUAAAUAUACAAAUAGAACAAAAAAGUAUUUCACAGUUUGAUAAAUGCAAAGAAAAUUCAUAUAUUAAUGCAAUUGUGAUUGCAAUUUAAAAUAAAUCAAGUCAGAAAAUCUGCUUAGAAAAAUAUUGGGAUACUGUAAAAAGAAAUGAAGAAUAAACUAUGAACUUACUUAUGUCUAUUGGGUUGUAUCUUAUGUAGUUAAAGUAUAUUGGAUGGUCCUUGCACUUUAUGACCUUUCGUAAUCGAUUUGGAUUGGAUUUGAUCAAUUUUGCUUAAAAUGAUCCGUUGAUUUUAAACCACUCUUCUUAACUCCUGCUUGUCAGAAAUAAUAUCAUGUUCGUUGAUUUUUUUUACAACAAAUAAUUCCACACUUGUUCAGUGGGAUCAAAGUCUGGAUCUUAAUCACACGAUGACAAUGACAGAGGACCUUAGUAUCAGCAGUAUGUUUAUGAUUAUUAUCCUGGUUCAUUUUAAAAUGUCUUAAGAUUUCCAAGUUACUCGCACUUAGCUGCAAAUUUCGCUUUCGAGAAUGCCAAGGUAGAAAUAUUUAUUCAUUGUACCCACUUUAUCGAAGUUCCGCACACCAGAGCUUGCCAUGCAACCAGACUAAUUAGUUGGCACAUCUAUAUUUUACAGUCGGAAGCAAAUUUUUGAUAUGCAAUGAAUAUUUGGUAUGCACCUUUUUUUUUUUUUUUGCCAUCCGAUCCAAAAUGUGACAUUUGUUUUCAUUCACAAAAAUAACAUUUUCCCAAAAUUCUCUGUAGGCUUCUUUACGCACAUUUGAGCAAAUGUCAUUUGAUUUGCUUUGCUAAUGCGGGGUUUUCUCCGAGGCACUCUGCGAUGAUGCUUAAGUUUUCUUAAAACAAUUCUGACAGUUCAGGAUUUAUUGAUUUACGGAAUCUUUUAUUACAUUUUAGAAUCUUUAGAAUUUUUUUUUUCAUUUCACAAUCCACUUCUCUUCACGUUCAGUCAAUGCCCUUACCACUCUGAUCUUUGGUAAUUUGAAACACUAUUUUCAGAUCUGCAAAUAAAAUAAAAACAAUAGAUUUACUGAGCUGCAAAUAAAAUAAAAACAAUAGAUUUACUGAGCUGCAAAUAAAAUAAAAACAAUAGAUUUACUGAGCUGCAAAUAAAAUAAAAACAAUAGAUUUACUGAGCGUUAAGUUUUGUUCUAUAUAACGAGAGCAUUUUCCGUUUUCUAUUUGGUAAUGGAUUUAUUACCAAAUUUCGCACAUCAAACGAAAUAUCUUUGUUUCUCGCCAUUGUUUUAUUCGCAACUUUUCUGUUAAUACUUUGUAUCUAAACAUUUAAUUUAGAAAGAGUGGUAGUAAAUUAAAUUUUAUUGAUCGAUUCGUUACAUAUUUCUUAAAUUUCUUAUUUCAAAAGCUCCCCAAUACUUUCUUUGACAACUGUUUGUGUUUAAAUUAUAUUUAAAAGGCUAGAUCAAGUUAUAGUUCUAAAAUAGUAAGAAAAUUUUUCUUAAAAAAAUAUACCAAACGUUAAAAUAUUUCUCGAUUAAUUUUGUUUUUGUUGUAAUGAGAUUAAUAUUUUUAUAAAAAUAUGCCGUGCAUUCUAAGUGUCCCAAUAUUUUUUUUGAGUGACUGUAUGUACUGCUACAUUUUUUAUAUUUUCAUUUAGAUAGUUUUACGAACUCAGGGUAAAAAUAUAUGUGUUUAGAUUAUGGUUGUCAAUUUCAUGUAUGACGAAUAUUGGAAAAUUAUUCAUGGAA